UAAUAUAUACCCUGUAUGAAGGCUGGUGCUGAAUUCUAUGGUAACAUCUGCAUCCAAUAAACUACUGCUCAAGCAGAAUAGUUUUAUUAAUAAGUGAUUGACAAUCUUUAAUUUGAAUAAAAAGCCUUUUUUUUUGUUAAACAGUAAUAGUAGGUUUACAGUUGUUUUUAUAGUUUCAGGGAUUUCAGUUUUUGUCUUCUAACUUGGGAAAUGUUUGUUGCUUAAAAUAUACUCACAAGAUUUUCCCAAGCGGCUGCCGAAGAUGGCGGAGGUGCAGGUCCUGGUGCUUGAUGGUCGAGGCCAUCUCCUGGGCCGCCUGGCGACCAUCGUGGCUAAACAGGUACUGCUGGGCCGGAAGGUGGUGAUUGUACGCUGCGAAGGCAUCAACAUUUCUGGCAAUUUCUACAGAAACAAGCUGAAGUACCUGGCUUUCCUCCGCAAGCGGAUGAACACCAACCCUUCCCGAGGUCCCUACCACUUCCGGACCCCCAGCCGCAUCUUCUGGCGGACCGUGCGAGGUAUGCUGCCCCACAAGACCAAGCGAGGCCAGGCCGCUCUGGACCGGCUCAGGGUGUUUGACGGCAUCCCACCGCCCUACCACAAGAAAAAGCGGAUGGCGGUUCCUGCUGCCCUCAAGGUUGUGCGUCUUAAGCCUACCAGAAAGUUUGCCUAUCUGGGGCGCCUGGCUCAUGAGGUUGGCUGGAAGUACCAGGCAGUGACAGCCACCCUGGAGGAGAAGAGGAAAGAGAAAGCCAAGAUCCACUACCGGAAGAAGAAACAGCUCAUGAGGCUACGGAAACAGGCCGAGAAGAACGUGGAGAAGAAAAUUGACAAAUACACAGAGGUCCUCAAGACCCACGGACUCCUGGUCUGAGCCCAAUAAAGACUGUUAAUUCCUCAAAAAAA